CAAGAGAAGAGGCUCCACUGGUUAACAAGGGAAGCCACGAUGUCCAACUCACCAGCCACGGGAGAGAAGCACGUCGUGCUGGGCGGUGGCGGCUUCUUGGGGAGCAACAUCGUCCGGCUGCUCAAGGCGCGUGGCGAGGCCAACGUCACCAUCGUCGAUCUUCGCCCUUCCAGAGUUCCCGGUCUCGAAAAGGUGCCCUUUGAGACAGCCGACAUCACCUCGCCCGCCUCGCUGCAAGAGGUGUUCCUCAAGCUUCGACCCGACGUCGUCCACCACACCGUCUCGCCCGUCGCCACGGCCAGCAACCGGAGUGCCGAACUGUUCGAAAAGGUCAACGUCGGAGGUACCGUCAAUGUCAUCGAAGCGUGCCAGAAGGCAGACGUCAAGAAACUCGUCUUUACCAGCAGCGCCAGCGUCGUCUACGAUGAUCGUGACCUGAUCAAUGUCGACGAGAGGAUGCCAUUCCCUGAAAAGAUUCGUGAUCCAUACAUGGAAACCAAGGCCCGUGCAGAGCAGCUCGUUCUCCUCGCCAACACCGAUGAGGGUGCAGCGGGUCUCAAGACGUGUGCAUUGCGCCCAGCGGGCAUCUUUGGCCCGGGCGACGUCCAGUACCUCCCAGGCCUCAUCGAGGUCUGCAAGACGGGCCGCAACAAGUUCCAGGUCGGCGACAACAAGAACCUCUGGGACGUCACCUUUGUCGACAACAUUGCUCACGCCCACAUCCUCGCCGCUGAUCGCCUGUCAGGGCCAAGGGCCAAGCCCUACUCGUCGGAGCUUCUCGCCUCUGUCCACUUGCCACCCAAAUGCAUUGGCGAAGAGGAGCGUGGCACCGUCCGAGACCGUGACGUGCCCACGAGCGAGAAGCGAGAGUCGGUGCAGGGCGCGCCCGACUACUGCAAGGAGCUGCCCAGCACCCUGCCGCUCUCCGUCACCCAGGGCCAGGGCUCUGAGACGGGUGCACCCACGCUGGACCUACGGCCCGUCAUUCGGAACAAGUAUGAUCAAUUCUUCCACAUUGUCAACCCAGACAUCCCCUCGGCCGGCAACCCCAUUCCCGAGACAGUGUCCAUCGCCGAAGACUCAGUCAGCGUCGCGGGCAACGUCUUCUUCAUCACCAACGGCCAGCCGACGCCCUUCUGGGACUUUGCGCGCGCCGUGUGGAAGGAGUACGACCCUUCUCCAAAGGGCACCGUCGACGUGAACAAAGUCUGGAAGGUUCCCAGGGACGUUGGCAUGGCCCUUGCGACGGUGGCCGAGUACGCGACCUGGCUCGUGGGCACGACGACGACCUUUACCAGGUUCAAGAUCAGCUUCAGUUGCACAACGCGCUACUACAACAUUGAGCGCGCACGGCGCGUGCUGGGCUAUGAGCCUCUGGUCGGCACCGAGGAGGGCGUCAGGAGGAGCGUGCAGUGGUACAAGGAGCAGGAGAGGCAGGGCACCGCGCCUGCUGCAAAGAUCUAGAUCACGCACCUACCCAAACCAAACUGUAUGACAUGGUCUCUCUGGAUCCGCAGCCCGCAAUAAUGUCUAUCACAAUUCCCUUUCCUCUUCUCUCGCUCCUGGGUCUCGUCUGUGCAGCUUGCGCCUCUCUUUUUCCGACGGCCCUGUGCUUCCAACGCAGGCGCACAUCGAUGAGAAAGAAGUCACUGAAGCAGAGUCAUUUAUUUUGCCGGCAAAGAGGAAAAAUUAACAGAAGGGCGGACAAAGGGAAGGACGAAACGAUGGUCAGUUCGGUCUAGGAC